AUGCAGGCUGCAGAUGCGGUGUUGAGGGCCAUUGGUAGCAGGUGGACUGUACCAUGGACAGCAAAGACUAUUCUGCAGGUUAUGCUUCUAUGGGUAGCUGCAUUCUGGUUCGUCGGGUCUUGGAUGGUUCCUUUUGCUGCUCACAUGGUAGGGUUCAGCAAGGAAUCUCUGACAUUCAGAGGGCAAGCCUUGUUCAGCCUCAUGACUGACGUAACCGAAGGCCUUGCUGGGGUUGCAAUACACCACCGCUGCCUGUCUCAAUUUCAUCCCCUUCCAUCAGAUUGGUUUAAAUUUAGCUUGAGAGGAGAGUGGCUUUUUGAUGUCGCUCUAGGAUGCCUCAUGUUCCCUCUCGUCAACCAAUUAUCACACUUCAACCUCAACUUGUUGCCCCUUAUGCCUUCUGCUCCAGUAACCCUCUCAAGCGUUGAACAAUCAAUUUUAGCUAGAGAUCCAGUAGUUAUGGCGCUAUAUGCGAUAGUUGUUUCAGUUUGUGCUUCCGUGUGGGAGAAGAGAGUUUUCCGGGGUUUCCUUCUCCCGUCCUUGACCAAAUACAUGCCUCUUUGUGUUCUUGGAUCUAAUGAGAUGAUCAUCUUGUCUUCUAAUGUUCAAGCAAAACAGAUGGUUCAGGCCAAUGUUCUGGGGUAUGAUUUGAAUGAAUGCUGCCAUCUGAAUGCCGCCGAGUAA